AUGAGAGAAAUAACAGAACAAGAAGACCUCGUUGAACUGACGGCAGAAUCGGUUAUGACAGAACUAGAGGGGACGAAAGAAGAAGGGAUGGGGAUCAUACAAGAGAGUGGACUGGAAGAAAGAGACAAGGAAGUCCAAGAAACAGAGACAAAGAUAGAAGAAGACAUGGAGAAGACGAUUGAAGAAGAUAUCGAAAUAGAGAAUAAUGAGAGAACACAAGAUACAAGGUCGGAAGGAGAAAGAGAGAAAGGAGUCCAAGAGACCCAAGAGAUUGAGAUGACGAUUGAAGGAGGAGACAUCGAAAUAGAGAACGAGGGAACACGCGAUAGAAGGUCGGAAGGAGAAGGAGAGAAAGGAGUCCAAGAGACCCAAGAGAUGGAGAUGACGAUUGAAGGAGGAGACAUCGAAGUAGAGAGCAACGAGAGAGCACAAGAUAGAAGGUCGGAAGGAGAAAGAAAGGAGUCCAAGAGACCGAAGAGAUGGAGAUGA